AUGCGAGCAGUUAAAGUGGUAACGUUCGGUGUACUUCUACCUCUUCUGACGCUGAGUGUAGCCCAAUCACCAUGCAAAUAUUUGCAACAUUUGGAAUCUGGGAAAUCGUACUAUGUGUAUAAUCAGGAGUAUCCUAAUCAAUACAUGCACGAAAAUCAUUGUACAUGGCAAACAAUAAGUCUUUCUGUCAUAAAAAUCAAAUGUAAUAUUGAAAUACCUGCGAGCCAAAAUUGUGCUCAAGAUAGCCUUUCGAUCCGUUCUCCUGGACGAAACAUAGAUAAGUAUUGCGGUUACAAUAAUUUCACGUACGAGGGAGAAAACGUGACUAUAUAUUUCGAUUCGUCGUAUUAUACGCAAGGAGGGCGAUUUUUGUGUCAAAUGCAAACGGAGAAACCGUUUGACGAGAACAAUUGCCAAUGCGGCUGGAAGAAUCCGACCAGAAUAGUUGGCGGCGAAGAAACCGGUAUAAAUGAAUAUCCCAUGAUGGCUGGUCUCGUCGAUAGCGGGAAGAGAGAAUUGUAUUGCGGCGCGACUAUAAUAAGUGAAAAUUAUGUAGUGACAGCGGCUCAUUGCGUAGAAGAGAAAAAUCUUAGUAAAAUUGGCGUUCUUGUCGGUGAUCAUGAUGUUACUACAGGUGACGACACUUCGGCGGCCAAGCUGUAUCUUAUGCAAGGUUGUACAAUACACCCCUAUUAUAAAGAUAUUUUGAACGACAUAGCUGUUUGUCAGAUUGUCGGCAAAAUACAAUAUAGUGCUAGAGUCGGCCCAGUUUGCUUGCCAUUUCAGCAUCGAUGUGACUCGUUUGGUGGUUCUAUCGUGAAGGCGUUAGGCUGGGGUCUAUUAGAAUUUGGCGGUACUAAGGCAACAACGUUGCAGGGAGUGAAUUUGAACGUAAUCAGCCUUCAGAAAUGCAAGAAUUAUUAUAACGUAACAAACUAUCACAUUUGUACUUUCACUCCGGAAAAGGACGCUUGUCAGAUGGACAGCGGCGGGCCACUCUUGUGGAAAAAUCCUACUACACAUAAUAUCGUACUGACCGGCAUUAUAUCGGCCGGUAUGGGUUGCGGGUCGGGCAUACCUUCUGUCAAUACGCGUGCUGGGGCGUAUGUAGAUUGGAUAGAGUCGGUAACUGGUAAGAAUCAACAAGGAAAAGUCAAUAAGAGCCAAAUCUCAUUUGCACGAAACCUACUGAAUUGUGAAAAUAAAAUAUAA